UACCGGACAGGGAAACCGCGAUUUGACCAAUCCACAGUCUGUCCAAAGACAUCCACCGGUCUAUUUGUAUAAUCGAAAUACUGGAUUGGCUUAUUAUAUCAAAAACAAAUUUUCAAAAAAAGGAAUUUUAAUUUUCGUUUAUUAUCGUGUGUUUUAUAAUUAUCCCCCUCGGAAGUGUUAUGAUCAGGUGGUAAUUUUUAAUUAUUCAAAGUCUCGUAAGAGACUGUUUUUUUUUCCUCUUUUAUUGGAUCUUUCAUAUUUUCUGGUAUAAACUGAAAGUGGAGAAAAAUAUUUAAGUCACUUCGAUGAUGAAAAUAUUGGCAGGCGUGGAGGAGGUGACGAGUGAAGAAAAAAAAGAUCUUCUCAAUGAUCAUGUAUGCAAUAAUCAUCAUGAAAAAAAUCCAAAAUCCCCUGCGGCGGAAGAUUCAACAAAAUCAGUCGCCUAUCAAAGACGAAUUGAACGUCCUAAAGAACCUGCAAAGUCACCAAUUAAGGGUCAGGUGACUGUUGAAGAUGAAGAAAGGAUGAGAAAGUUACUUCCUUUUCACUUAGCACCUGAAUAUCUUCAAUUUAAUCCUUUUAUACUUCACGGCUACCGAGGCUAUCUCACCACUAAAUUAUGUAUAGAAAGUGUAUUUUGGUGGACCAAUGAAACAAUCAACAUUUGGAGUCACGUUUUUGGAUGGAUGUUAUUUUUCGGAUUGACAUUCUACGAUCUCUGUCUAUUGAACAUUCAUGCACCAUUUGGCGACAAGAUUAUUGUUGCCUUGCUGCUAAUUUGUUUCCAGGCAUGUAUGAUCCUGUCGUCAAUUUAUCAUACAUUUUCUUGUCGAAGUGAAGAUGAUUACUGGUGUUUCCUAUCGUUUGAUCUCUUUGGCAUUGCUCUUAGUUUACUAGCAAUUUACAUGUCUGGGGUUUAUUACGCCUUCUGGUGUCAUAAGGGUUUACAACAAUUUUACCUAAUAACUGUUCUAUUAAUAUUUGUAUUCGCAAUGAUUCUACAAGUGCCAAAGUUCGAUAUUAAUGGCAAUAUAAAAUUGAUAGUUUUUGUUGCUUGGGCAGCUUAUGGAGUGUUGCCAACAUUGCACUGGAGUAUUGCUAUGGGUGGAAUGGAAAAUCCCAUGGUUCGAAUGCUUCUUCCUAGGGUACUAGGAAUGUAUGUCAUUAGUGGAUUAGCAUUUCUUAUUUAUCUUAGUAGAAUUCCCGAACGCUUUUAUCCAGGUAGUGUAGACUUUAUUGGAUCUUCUCAUCAAUGGUGGCACGCAUUAGUUGUUUUGGCACUAUAUUAUUGGCAUAAUACAGGAAUGCUGUACGUGGAGUACAGAAUGAAUCACGGCUGUCCUAGUAAUAUGAGAUUAUGACAUUCGAAUUUUGAGGAUUAUUAAGAUUUUCAAAAUAUGUCAAGUGAUUUUAUAAAUAAAUUCUACAAUAUGCUUAUUGUAUAUAUUAUAUAUAAAUUUCGUAUUGCUUAUACAAAUUCCUACUAAUGAUCUGCAUAUAUUUAUAAAUGUCCACAAAAGGAAAAUAAAUUUUUUUAUGAUCCCCCACAGCAUCUAAACAUGCAGCAACAUUGACAACAUUGCAUCAAUAUUGUGAAUUUUUUGAAGCAACAUUGUCAAUAUUUCUACAAGUUUAGAUGCUCUGGCGGAUGCUUUUCGUAAAUGUUUUUAAACGCAUUUAGAAAUAUGUUAAAAUAAAUAUAUCUGCAUUAAAAAACUUUAAAAAUACGUUCUCUAACAAUAACUAUUUUCAAACAAUUACAAAAUUUUAUUUAUUUUGAAUUUUUACAAUUUUAUUUCAAAUAAACAUUUGACUGAUUUAAUAAAUAAUAUGCAGUUUCAUGAAAUAUUGUACAUAGGAUAAGAAAUUAAAUAUUAAGUUUAGAUAAAUUGUUUUUUGUUAUUCUAGUGUAAAAUAAGAAUGACGAUAUAUUUAUAAAUCGCUCAAUAAUGUUUCAAUUAUUACAAAUAAA